AUGCAGGAGAUACCGUUCUACUCCAUGUCAGAUUCCAACACAACUGAUUAUACCAACCCCUCCAUAUUCAUCCUGCUGGGUAUUCCUGGCCUGGAGGUGGCCCAUGUCUGGAUCUCCAUCCCCUUCUGCACCAUGUACAUCAUAGCAAUCUUGGGGAACUUCACCAUCCUCUUCAUUGUGAAGAUAGAGCCGAGCUUCCAUGGCCCCAUGUACUAUUUCCUCUGCAUGCUAGCUGUCAAUGACCUGGUCAUGUCCACGUCCAUCCUGCCCAAAAUGCUGGCAAUCUUCUGGUUCAAUUCCAGGGAGAUCAAUUUCAGUGACUGUCUCACCCAGAUGUACAUCAUCCACUGCUUCUCAGCAGUGGAGUCUGGGAUCUUUGUGUCCAUGGCCUUAGAUCGCUACAUGGACAUCUGUGAUCCCCUGAGACAUUCCACCAUCCUGACAAACGCUGUCAUAGCCAAGAUCGGCCUUGCGGUUUUGUUGCGCAGUGGCAUUCUCAUGCUGCCUCAUCUGUUCCUGGCAAGGCAGUGGCCAUAUUGCAGAACCAACAUCAUUCCCCACUCGUUCUGCCAGCAUAUAGCAGUGGUGAAUUUGGCUUGUGCCGACAUCCAUGUCAGUAGUUACUACUGCCUCUCUGUGGCACUUUCUGUGACCGGUCUCGAUGUGUUUUUUAUCACCAUGUCCUAUAUUCAGAUCCUCAAGGCCAUUUUCAGCCUCCCGACAAAGGAUGCCCACCUCAAGACUUUUCAGACCUGUGGCUCCCACCUCUGUGUCAUUUUAGCAUCUUACAUCCCAGCUCUCUUCUCCUACCUCACACUUCGGUUUGGCCAAAAUGUCGCCCUGCAUUUCCAUGUUCUCGUGGCCAACAUGUACCUCCUGGUGCCCCCAUGCUAA